AUGUCUGCGCGCGACCCGCGAUCUUCAUCGACCCAGUCGCUCGUCCCGGAUGCCGAAACGGCCGGCAGGCGACGGCUGCUGUUAGUCUUCAUCCACGGCUUCUUGGGGGACGAAACCAGCUUCCGGAGCUUCCCAGCACAUGUGCAUAAUCUCGUGACCAUUACUCUCGGCGACUCGCACGUUGUGCAUACCAAGUUAUACCCAAAGUAUCGAUCGCGCUACGCUCUCGAGGUCGCAAGGGACGAGUUCUCCAAAUGGCUCGCACCACAUGAGAACCCUUGGACCGAUGUCAUUCUCCUUGCACACUCCAUGGGCGGACUGAUUGCUGCCGACAUAGCUCUACUAUUCCGCCACCGCAUCAUUGGCACUAUCAACUUCGAUGUUCCCUUCGUUGGUAUGCAUCCCGGUAUCGUGAAAGCUGGACUUGGGAGCAUCUUCAAACCAUGGCCCAUGCCAGAGGAGGCCGCAGUAGAGGCGGAGGCGGAUCCGACUUCGAGUGGGAAAAGGCUGAGCCGCAUGAAUACGCUCUUCAACCCCAGACCAUCCGACCCCAACUUCAACCCAACUUUCUACAACGAUGUGCAUCUCCCAGUUCGGAAAGGCUGGGAAAACACGCUGCAUUGGCUGAACAAACACUCAAACGGCAUCGUCAAAGCUUCAAAAGGCUUGGUGAGAUCGCACCUGGAGUUCGGUGGCGCCAUGGCAGACUAUCGCUCUCUGAAGGCCCGUUAUGCGAGGAUCCGGGCUUUGGAAGAAGACGACGAGAAGAAGAGGAGAUCUGCGAAUCCCGAAGUUGAGGAUCCCCCCCGCAUACGAUUCGCGAAUUACUACACCGCCAGCACAGGGAGGCCAAAGAAGCCAAAGUCUCCAAAAUCGCCGUCUCCAUCUCGGCCGGCCAGCAGAGGAUUACAACACCAAGAUAGUAACACCACCGCGCUUACCUCUGCCUCGCAGUUGACGCUGAAUACAACUCCGCCGGAUACUACGCCGAGAAGCCCUCGAAUUUCAGUCGAGCAACAUCGGGACAACGAAGUGGUGCCCGUUACACCAGAAAUGCCACCAUCCGCGACGUCUCCGAUAGGAGAGUUACCGUUUGGGGAGAAUCCUGUAGAGAAAGAUGGACCUCACUUACCUGAGAUCCCGCCCAUACCCCAGGAGCCGCCAUUUGUCGAUCUUUCACUGUACACCGAUGAAGCGCAGAUGGAAUCGGCUGAGAAAGAGUACGAGCAAGCCAGCAAAGAGUAUCAGCAGGCAGUCAAGUCACGCAACAAGGUCAUCAAGGAGCGAUCGAAAAUGCAGGAGAAAUUCAGGAAACAGAAGGAAAAGGAACUCACACGAAAGAAAGUUCCUAUUCACGAAAAGAAGACAGAGAGCGCUAUUGAGCCCGAGCAGCUCGAGGAAGACUUUGGCGUUAUGCAGCUGGGAGUGACCGGACAGUCUCACAGCCAAGGGGCGAGCCCAUACGGUAACUACGAUUUCUCGCACAGCGCCAUCUUGAACCAAGUGGACCCGAACGAGCAAAGCCAUCCGUCGUCCACGUAUACGGAUUCGACAUAUUCGCUUGCAACAACAGACACGAAUGCGUCUACGCCGGGGCCCGAAGGCGCUCCCAAGAAGAAGCGCCUCAAGAAGUUCUGCAUGCUGCCGCCCAAAGAUGCGUAUGGUAAUAAGGAUCCCACGUGGAUUCGUGUCUUCAUGGAAAACAUCGAUGAAGUCGCGGCACAUACGACGUUAUUCUUCAUGGGUGAGACGUACGAGCGACUCGUAGGAGAUGUAGGCGCGCGAAUCGAAGACUGGGUCAGAGAAGCGGAGAGUCUGAGAGUUGCAAGGGAGAUGGGAGGCCUGGCUUGA